CGCUCUCUUUUUUAUAUCUCAGCUGAGCUUCCUGCAUCACCUUCACAGUGACAGACCGGCCCCUGCCUCACCCUACAGCUGUGCUUCAAUUUUGUCUACGUCUUUCAUAUGCAUUGUCGGUGACUCCCUUCUUCAGGGGACAAUGGAGUUUGGUGGAGUUGGGACACUCAUCUUAGCUGUCUGCAUCACCUUUCUCAUAUUCCUCAUGAUGUGGAUUAAUUACAGUAAACGGAAGGACCUACCUCCAGGGCCCACUCCUCUUCCUCUGCUUGGGAACAUUCUACAAGUGAAUAUCAAAGAGCUGCCUCAGUCACUCCUAAAGCUUGCGAAGAUCCAUGGAGAUGUAUUCACUGUCUAUCUAGGGAGCAGGAGAGUGGUUGUCCUGCAUGGAUAUGAUGCUGUGAAGGAGGCUCUAGUAGACAAUGCAGAUGUCUUCAGUGAUAGAGGAAAAGUACCUGCGGCUGAAUUUGCUUUUAAGGGCUAUGGAAUAUUCUUGAGUAACGGGGAACGAUGGAAACAGCUACGGCGCUUCUCUCUCACCACUCUGAGGAAUUUCGGGAUGGGGAAGAGAAGUAUUGAAGAGCGGAUUCUGGAAGAGUCUCAGUGUCUUGGAGUGGAAUUUAGAAAAAAAGCAGGUUUACCUAUUGACCCCACAUACCUCUUGACUCUGGCGGUAUCCAACGUGAUAUGCUCCAUCGUAUUUGGUGAACGUUUUGAUUAUAAAGACAAGAAUUUUCUUGGCCUUCUUGCUAUGCUGAAAGAAUCUUUUAGAAUAGUAAAUUCACUAGUUGGACAGCUACUUAAUGCUUUCCCAAAACUUUUCCACCAUUUGCCUGGACCUCUUCAAAAAGCAUGGAAGAAUCUCUCCACUGUGAAAGCAUUUGUAAAGGAGAAGGUCAAGGAGCAUCAAGAAACCCUGGACCAAAACUGUCCCAGGGAUUAUAUUGACUGUUUCCUAAUACAGAUGGAAGAGGAGAAGGAUAAUCCCAACACAGAGUUUCACUUUGAAAACUUGUUCGUCACAGUGAUGAAUUUAUUUUUUGCUGGCACCGAAACCACAAGUACAACAAUAAGACUUGGUCUGAGGACUUUUCUCAAGCAUCCAGACAUUCUAGCUAAAGUCCAGAAAGAAAUAGACGAGGUGAUUGGCCCAGAUCGCUCCCCAUCUGUGGAAGAUAGGAGCAAGAUGCCAUUUCUGGAUGCCGUGAUACAUGAGAUUCAGAGAUUUGCUGAUAUUGCACCACUAGGAGCACCUCAUGCGGCUGCCCAAACCACCCACUUCCGAGGCUACACCAUUCCCAAGGGAACAACCGUCUUCCCACUUUUGACUUCAGUCUUGAAGGAUCCAAAAUACUUCCACAACCCACAUUUGUUUGACCCAAAUCGUUUUCUGGAUGAGAAGGGCCGAUUUAAAAAAAAUGAGGCUUUCAUGCCAUUUUCUACAGGAAGGAGAAUCUGCCUAGGAGAAGGAAUGGCAAGAAUGGAGAUUUUUAUUUUCCUCGUUUUUAUCCUGCAAAAUUUUAACCUGAAAUCAGUUGAGGAUCCUUCCACAAUUGACCUCUCUCCUCUGCCCAACAGCAACUCCGCUAUCCAUCGCUCUUCUGAGAUAUGUUUUCUCCCCCGUUAAGUUCCACAGGUUUUCUGUUCACUUGUUACUGACCACUGUUAGCUUGAAGAGAAAGGCCUUAUUUUUCUGAGCUUGCAGUUUCUUGCUAUUGAAACCUCAAUGCAACAUGCUGACAUAUACCUGUUGCUGCCUAACUGUUUACCUCCCUCUACUGACUGAAUUAUGAGCACCUAGCAAUUCAAUAUUUUGCAUAUCUUUAAACAUAAGACUUUUGGUAUAUAGGAAUAUUUCUUUAACCACUUAUGGACCGCCUAACGCCGAUAUACGUCGUCAGAAUGGCACGUACCUGUACGUCGCCUUUAAAAGCCCAGCCGUGGGUUGCGCUCGCAACCUGGUCUGAAGCUCCAUGACUGCGCCCGCGGGACCGAUCCCUGCCGGUGUCCCGCGAUCAGGUCACAGGAGCUGAAGAACGGGUAGAGGCAGUGUCACUGAUCGUCUGUUCCCUGUUUAUAGUGUUCAUUCAAUAUAAUGUUAUUAGCAUUACUGUCUUAUUAUACUUCUCCUUUUCGUUCUUUUAAAUAUAGGAAAAUAAUGUAUAUAAUACAACAGACUUCUUCCUGACACUUGUGACUGAAUUAUUCUGAUUAUUUUUUCAGAGCCCGAUUUGUUCUGAACUAGCCUUCUUGCUAUUAAAAUAUUUGAAAAUG